UUGUAAAAAUGACGUUUUUAGUAUAGGAGUUUCCAAUUUUUUGACACUUCUUUUGACAGGUGGAUUGUCAAUAAUUAUUUUUUUUUUCUCUAAAUUCACUUAGAUGACACGAUUAUAUUUGUUUUAUUGAUAAUUUAAAAGAUAAAAAAAAAAACAAAAAUGAUGGUAAAAUUGUUCAAUUGGAAAUUUGUUUUAUUAAUAACUGCAUUAGAAGUUGUUGCUGAACAUAGAAUAAAAGAUUUGAUUUACACAUCAAUUGACAAUGUUGCUGCUUGUUUUCGUAGACAAAACGGUACUCACCAGUUUGGUUGUUCUUCAAGUAGAUCUGGUAGUAUAGGUGCAAUUCAUUUUAUUGAAAAUGAAUUGGAUUUAAAAUGGCUCGAGAAUAAUGCUACUGCCGAUCCAUACAUUGCAGUGGUAUCAUUUUCAAUGUUUACGAAAGAUACUCUGUUUCGAGUAAAAAUGACAAACAAAGUAAAUGGCGUACUUAUGACAAAUACGAAAAAAAGUCGUCCUUUAUUUUAUUCUCCCGAGGACACUUGUCCUAAUCGUUAUUCAGGUGCAAGACAAUGUAAUGAUACUAAACCUUGGAAUCCUCAUGGUUCGGCUAUUUUAAUGGAAGAUUGGCCCUUUCCAAUGUUUUUCAUGGAAGAUGAGAAAGCACUCGAUGAAAUAAGAUCAUGUUAUUUAAAGCACAAUGCUCAUAAUUUGGAGACUCAAAAGCAACGUUCGCUUUGUGCCUUGGAAAUGAAAUCAUUUAUGUUCGCUGCAGUUGACACACGAACUUGUUUAAGGCGAAAUGCACUAGCCAAUAUACGUUCAAUAAUGUUUUGUGAGCCCUUAGGAGAUAAAAAUAUACAUUGGUCAUUAUCACCAGUAAUUGAAGAAAAUAAUUCCAUAAUAUUAAUUACGGCAAGAUUAGAUUCAACUUCAAUGUUCGAUGGUUUGGUACCAGGUGCACGGGGUACAGUUACAGGAUUAGUGACAUUCCUUGCUACUGCCUUUUAUCUAAAUUCGUUACCAAUUAACGUAACCGAUACGACUAUUAUGUUCUCACUUUUAAAUGGAGAGGCUUACGAUUAUAUUGGCUCGAGUAAAAUGGUCUACGAUCUAAAGGAAGGAAACUUUAAACAAUUUAGUGGGAAAAAUUUAGAUUUAAAACAAAUUUCAACUGUCAUCGAAUUAGGACAAUUGAGUACAGGCGAAUUAUUUUUACACACGAAUAAUAUGGAAAAUAAUCAGAUAGUAUUGGAUUUGAAAACAUCUUUAGCUGCUACAAUUUUAAAAGACAGUGUUCCACCAACUUCUGUGCAAUCAUUUUUAAAAGAAAAUUCCACUUUACCCACUAUUGUUUUAACAGAUUAUGGUGAAAAAUUUACAAAUAAUUAUUAUCACAGUUUCUUGGAUGAUAAAGAAAAUGUUGAUUAUAAAAUGAAUCUUAAUGCUAGUCUAGCAAAAGUGGCAAUUAAUCUUGGUAAUGUAUUGUAUAAAAAUAUUAUGGGUAAAGAUGCGCCAAAAAAUAAUAAAGAUGUGGAACAACUUAUUACCUAUAUGCUAACAUGUUAUUUGGAUAGUGCAAAUUGUUCUCUAUUCACUGCGGCUAUUCCACCGGGAAAUGUAAUUACUAAUCGUACACUACCAUUAUAUAUUAGUGUCAAUAGUAUGAGUAAUGUGGCAACAUAUGUAACAUCACAAUUAUUGACACUUCUCACAGGAGAAGAAAUUCCUGAUUUAAAUUCUACCACUUGUUAUAAAAAACAUUUAGCUUGGAUGAAGGGUGAAAAACAUAAUUCUACAGGAAUUUGUAUAAAUUCAACUGUCUACUCUACAUCAGCUAUUAGUCCUGCAUUUAUCAUUCCAGAAUACAAUAUGACUUCUGGUGUUUAUUCCACGUGGACUGAAUCAGUUUGGGAUUCAUUAAGUGUGAGAAUGUUUUUAAAACCCUCAGCAGCAACUGAACGGCUCAGCUUAAUUUUAGGAAGCUCCAUAUCAAUUCUAUCAUUCAUUGUUGUUUGGUUUAUUAAUUCUCGUUCGAAAAUCAUUUUUAAUUCAAGAACUGCUGACCUGUAGAAACACGCUGCAGACCACAUAGCAAUGAAAAUUUUGAAUCAUCAACAAGAAACAAGAUUUCCAAUAACUACUUUAUAAAAUGUGGUCGCCCUCGGAAGAAAAAAAAAUUUUUUUCUCCAAAAAAAAAAAAUGAACUUAAUAUUUCUACAUUGUGAAAAAAGGGACGAAAGUAAAAGAAGAAAUAUUUAGAGUAAAUUCAUACUAAUACUAAAAAAUUGCAAUCAUCGUAAUAAUUUUUUUUUUAUGAAUGAAUUAAAUUUUCAUUAUUUUAUUUGUUAAAAAUUCAAAUUAUUAAAACAAAAAUAGUAUUAUUUUCUAGAAUACUUUUUAAAUAUUUAAUUUUUCAAAAUUCUUUUCAAUCAAAUUAUGAGUGUUUUGUACGAUUGCCGUAUAUCAGGAGAAAAAAAAAAAGAAAUAGGAUAAAUUUUUUUACACUAGACUGAAUUGAAUGUGAAAUUAGAUGAGAGUGAACGCAGGAUGUUAUUUAUUUAAUUUUUUAAAAGUAGGUCAACAAUUGUUUUUUAUAUUGUAAUUCGAAAAAAUAAACACGAUUCAUAAAAAAUCACAUAUACAUUUCUCUUUUCGAGAGAGAAAAAUAAGAGAAAUAAAAUUGAAUAUUACUGUGAUUUAAAUUCAUAAAUUAUUCUUUUUUUUGUAAUAAUUAAUAAUCAUUAUGAGUAAAUAACUUUGAUUUCAAUUAUUUAUAGAUAAUAAAAGAAAAAAAAACACGUGAAACUGUUACAAUUUGUAAUAAUAUUUUUGACUGAUUAAUUAGCAAAAAUAAAAAUUGUUUUAAUACAUUGA